AUGUCUUCAAGAUUAGUAAAAAAUCCUACAACAUUAUUUGAAGUUUUCUUGGAAUUUCGUGUAUCACAAUUGGAUAAUAAUGAUAUAAUAAUUAAAGAUGAAAUUACAAAAUUUCCUGAAGAUUACAAUGAUCAAGAUAAAUUAAGAUCAAUAAAAGAUUUUGCUUUUCCAUGGAAAACUAUACCAAAUAUUGAAAAUGCCAUACAACUUUUUACAUUUGCUUUAACUGAUGGUAAAGGAGAAUUUACAUUUGGACAUAGUCGUUAUAGUCCAAGAACAUCAACAUGUAUGUGUUUUUUAAGUACAUUACCUUGGCAAGCAUUUUUUGUUAAAAUUUUAAAUUAUAUCUCAAAAGUUACAAAUGAUAUUGGUAAUGCUAGAGAAAGUUUAUCAGUUAUAAAAAAUUUUGGUGUCCCAAUUCCUGAUACUGUUUUAUAUACUGUUACUGGUCCUUAUCAAUUAGCAAUACCAAUUCCAGGUAAAGUUUUAAUGCCAUCAAUAAAAGAUUCUCAAAUAUUAUUGGAUUUUUAUAAUGCUAUGCCAGAAAAUAAUAUGGAAAUAUAUUAUAUUAGUCUCCUUAAAGAACGUCGUAUAAUUUUUACAGGUACUAAAAUAAGUCAAGUAUCAUCAUGUUGUUUUGCUGCUGAUCAUUUACUUUUUCCUUUUAAUUGGCAGGGUAUAUUUAUUCCAAUAUUACCUCCUAAACUUGUAGAUACUCUUAUGGCACCAAUGCCAUAUAUUAUUGGUCUUCAUAAAGAAAUUUUUGACACAGUUAAUAUGGAUACUUUAGGUGAUGUUGUUAUUUUUGAUAUUGAUGAAAAAACAAUUAUCUCACCACACCAUGAUGAUACAUUACCAUUUCCUAUUCAUGAAUUUUUAAAAAAUAAACUCAAAUAUUUACAUGAUAAUUUUUUAACAGAAAGUUUAACAAAAAUAUUUUUAAGUUGUAAUGUUUUAUUAUUUGGUAAAUAUAUGGAAGGAUUUUUAAAAGAAUUAAAUGGUAAAAAAUGUUUAUGGAAUAAAAAACUUUUUAUUGAUAAGCAACAUCCUGUUUUAAAAGAUUUUAUAAGAGAAUUAAUGGGAAAAGAUGGUGUUCAGUAUUUUGAAAGAUUUAUAGUUGAAAGAAUUGAAAAAAUUAAUGAUGGAAAAUUACGUGAAGAUGUUUUUGAAAGAGAAUGUGGUACUAUAAUUCCACAACUUGAUAAAAUUUUAUCAUCAAAAAAUACAAAAAUUAAUGUUGAAAAUGCAAUAUCAUCAAUAAAAAAUAAAUUUACUAAAAUAAAUUUAAAAGAUUUAACUAAACCAUCUAAACAAGAGUCGUCAAAAAAACGUUUUUCAAAAUUUAAUAAAACACCAUCAAUUAUUUCUUCUAUUAUAUAUUUAGAGAAUGACAAUGAUUAUAUCUCAAAAAUAGAGACAUCUCCUAACGUUAAUCUCCCAAAUUUAGUUACAAAUUCAUUCCCUACGAAAAAUAUUUAUAACGAUGAUAAUAAAUUAGAUAAUGAUAGUAUAAAAUCUAAAAUUGAGGAAGAUCUUAUUACAUUUGAUGAUGACACAAUUGAUUCUAUUUCAUCAAAAGAAGAAAAAACUAAUGAAAUUCAAAGGGAUGAAAUUACUUUAGAAUCAAUUCUUAAUAAAGAAUCAUUAAUAUCAGAUGAAAAGAUGCAAGAAAUUCUUAAAGACGUGUUUAAAUAA